CUUUUUUUUACUCUACCCUUAGCCUUCACUGCACUGGUGAUAAGCACCCCAACUAAGCUAGACAACCGAUUUUAUCUGGGCAAAGUGCAAGAUACACUUGAAGCUCGUCAAGCUCUGGUCACACAAGCUCCAUCAAUCCCACCACCUCCACCAGCCUCCCAACCUGUUGUCUGCAGCUGUCCUAAGAUCCUUGGACGUUGCAUAGUUGAUGCUAGUUGUGUGUGUUGCAAUUAGAGAGUUACUAUAUGUCCGUCUAGAAUUUUAUCGUUGUAUGGAGUUCUCUGUAGUUUUAUGUAGAGUUUAAGCUCGAGCGGUAUAUUCAAGUCAUAGUUUGGAUCUCUUUAUAAGAAAUACAAAGUAUUUUCGUAAGCU